GGGAGCCUGUGUCCUGGUCUGUGUUUCUGACCGGGCAUGUCUGUCUCCAUGGCAGGACUGGUCGCCAUAAAGGAUGCCCGUGAUAUAGAGACCAGGCUGAAUGAGGCAGAGAAGCUGCUGAAGGCCAUCAUCAGCAUGCCUUGCAAGUAUUCCAGGUCAGAAGUCGUGCUCACCUUCUUUGAAAGGUCUCCUCUGGAUCAGGUGUUAAAAAAUGACAGUGUGCAUAAAAUUCAACCCAGCUUUCAGAGUCCAGUGAAAAUAUCAGAAAUCAUGAGGUCCAAUGGAUUUUGUUUAGCAAAUACAGAAACCAUUGUUAUUGACCACAGUAUACCAAAUGGGAAAGAGCAGCACCUGGGUGUGGAUGCAACACAGCACUUGUUUGAAAACGGCAGUGAGUUUACCUCGGAGCUGGAGGAUGGCGAUGACCCAGCAGUUUAUGACACCAACCUUUCCUACUACCACCUGGUCCCCUUUGAGACAGACAUUUUGGACUGAGUCUCCAUGGGGCCCCCUCCCCAGCCCUCAGCUGCUCUCUGCCGCUGUUCACUGCACCGGCGCCAGGCCAGGGCUCCGUGCCUGCGCUGACCAAGUAUCACCCUGCGGCCAGGCCCCGCUCAGCUACCUGCACCGGGAGGCCUGGUGUUUUGUGAGUGGAGCAGUGGAGGUUUCCAGGGUUAGGGCCAACCCCACGAUCUCCAACAACCAGGGGCCAGGUUCCAGGAGUCCCCACUGCACACUGGCCUGUGUCUGCAUUCCUGGGACUCUCCCUGUGUGUGGAGGAGCCGUAAGUGCCUGCAGGACCUCGCAGUGCAAGGGCAGACGCCCCGGGCCUUGCUGGGUCUCUCCUCUCCUGCGACUGCUUCCUGGGAGGAGCCUUUCUACUGGUCCAGUGGCCCAGGGCCAGCUGCCCCCUCCCUCUUGCCAUCCCCAGCAUGACAAGCGGACAGAACAGUCCACAUGAGAUUUUGUUGAGUUGCCAAGUUCUGGAGGACCCAGGAGGGCAUGUUAAGUCGUCAGCAUUUUCCUGGGAAGCAGGACAUGUGGCCUUCACUUGUUUUUCACCUUUUCCCAGACACUGUGGGCUGGCUUUGUGUCAGCCACAGUUGGUGUUUACAGGGGGGAGUUGUGAAUGGGGACAGGGAUAGGGAAUCCUCGACCAUCAGGUGCUUAUGAGCUGGGCCAAGUUAAAGAUUUGCCUCAACAGGGAGAGAACCCUGCCUGGCCCCAGCCUCUCCUCAGGGUAAUGGCGUGACCACCUGGGCCCCAGAGGUUCCCCCUCCUGCUGGUUACCAGUCCCAAAGAUGACGUAAUUGCCAUAGUAACGUGAAAGGAGGGAAUGAGGGAGUCCUGCCCUCAACCUGCCUGUUUCUCUGGUCCUGGGGGGGAGGGUCUGCGAGCUUAUCUCUAUCUCCUCACAGUGUCUACUAAGGACCAGCAUUUGCUAAUGUAAAUAAUAGUAAGUUAUUGAAAAUCCUAAUUCUUUUACAGUCUGUUUUUUAAUCUUAUUUGAAUUAAAUAAAUAUAUUCCUCUCCUUUUACAGACCUAGUGUUAGUGUAUAAAGGUGUGGCUCCUAGUGCCUGCCAGGGAGGGGUGGGAACCAAACCCUGCCCCUCAGGGCUGGUCCUAAGGGGCUCCUCUCAGUUAUUGAGGGAUGUGUUUGCUUUUUUGUAGGGCUUUCCCCUUCCCCAAGCUCCUCUCUGGCCGUGUGGGAAACCUCUUCUGUGACCCAGCUGCGCAGGCGGGAUUUCCUUCUGCCUACCAGCUGUGCUCACGUUCUUGCCUCCUGCUUUCCAGGAGGCUAUCAGGUGGCCCAUGAGUGUUGCCUUUCUUCUCUUGAGAGGUAAAAUUCAGUUCUGUCCAAGGACAGGGCUGUUUGCUUAGCAGUUAAGGUUAGAGUCAAUCACCAAAUAAGUGAAAACACAUGUCCACACCAGGCCUCAAAUGACUAACCUGCUCAUGUGCUCACCCAGUGGGUAUCCCCAGAAGACCUACGUCGCUGAAGGGGCACUGCUCAUGCCAGAAAGCUGGGCUGCCUGGUGAACAGGGUGGGUGGGCAUAACCCCAUUUUCUGCAAAGCUCACAAGGAGGCGUGAGGCACCUUACACACUCAGGAGCAGCAAAACCAAAACCAUGCAUUGAAAGGCUCUGUUGUGAGACGCGAGUGUGGUGUCUGUAGGGGGCCACCUUAGAGCUCUGGCACUCAGUCCACACACUGCAUGGCUCCCACAGUGGCCAGCCCACUGUGGGCGCAUAUAAACAGGACAUUUGUAACAGCAACAUCCUGCUGGAAAGACUGCCUCCAGGUUUGUGCUUCCAGGUAUGUGCUUGUUAAGUAAAUACAAUAGGAAGCAGGUGCCCCUUUGUGCCUUCCACUCUUUGUGUUCUGGAAACGUUCUGUCUGGGUGGCACCGGGGCAGCAGUGAUCUCUGAACGGCCUCGCCAGCCUUCCUGGUUGACUGAUAGCUGACCCACAGGUGGGAUGCAUGCAUAGGACCAUGCAGAGGUGCCCCUGUGGUUAUGGUAACAACACAUAGGUUGCCCCGUUGCUGCAGAAACCUCAUAUACGUCCCAGAGCUGUCAAAACUACAUAAAUCAAACACUCUUCAGCACGGAGCUGUUGAAACUCCAUAAAUCAAAUCCUAUGAAAAUAGCUUCCUGGGGGGCCCUAUUCGGAACUCUCCAACGGGGAUGCUUGCCAGACACCCCUGAAGCCAAGGUGUUGCCUCAGUUCCCCCGACUCUUGGAAACACUGGGUGGUGAGGACUCAUCGUUACCCUUUGUCUCACUUUGCUUUACUCUGUUUUACUUAACGCUCCAAUAAAUAGUGCUUUGUUGCCUCAACUCCAUCUCAAGUGUGCGUGGUGAAUGCGUAUUCGACCUCCAAAUUCUGUGGCCACUUAAGACAUAGCCCCUUGUGGCUACAAUGCUUCUCCUCUGAACACAACCAGUAUCCCAGGGCCUGGGUGUCCAUGUGGAACCUGACUCUGAAAGUGGUCUGACUCUCCCCUACCUCAGCACUGAUCCCCGUGUCUCAGAUGAACAGCCCUCUGUCUAUGGAGCACAGCAUUUCUUCUUCCCUUUUUAAAGUCUGAUUUUUUUAAAAAUGUGUUUCCUUUGCCCGGCCAGGUGUGGCUCAGCA